AUGGAGGACCUUGAGACACUACGUCCGGUUGGUUCAUUCUUGCUUUCGAUCAAAGAUUACAUCUAUCAGGCAUGCGAGGCCGCCAUCACGGAACAUCCGUCGCUAUCCGCCAUCGUAGCAGACGAUCACACUCAAGACCCCUAUUUCGUGCGGCUGCCAGAGAUUUGUCUUGACCAAGUUGUAUCUUUUCAGGAUUGGAAGCCAGGCUUGUUAGCUACCGAAGCCGAUGGCGAGCCUACUCCGGAUCUUGAUUUACAAACCUUGCUUGCAACCCAGCACAACACGCCUUUCAGGGCUUCCAACCCCUUAUGGAGGGCAUGUGUCCUGCUAGAUAUAGAGGACAAGCGGCAAUUCACUGUGGCGUUUGUAUAUCACCACGCCAUUGGCGAUGGAACCUCCGGGAAAGCCUUCCAUCGAACCUUCCUGCGAGCCCUAGGCGCAAUCAACUCCUCGAACCAGACUAAAUCCAUCAUUAAGUCACCACGGCUCCCUCUCUUGCCAAACAUUGAGCAUGUGCACCCGAUGUCUCUUUCCUUGUUCUAUCUUGCCAAGAAAAUCUUUCAGGCAAAAGUCUACUCCCGACGGCCCGCAGGUCUAUGGACCGGCUCUAAGGUCCUAAUCCCCUCUCAAACCCGCCUGCGGCUCGUUCCAUUCUCCAAACUACUCGUCGCGGCAAUAAGAGACAGGUGUCGACAAAAGGGUACAACAAUUACCGCACUCCUACAGACAAUCGUAGCCCGCUCACUCUUCGCACGCAUCCCGCCUGAGUUCACGCAGCUUGUUUGCACUGGGGCGCUCUCAAGCCGGCGCUGGCUGCCAGAAAUUAUCACUGAUGAAUCAAUGGGUGUUUGGGUCCAGGAUUAUGAAGAGACCUAUUCCCGGGCGGCAGUGGCGCCCUCUGACGGCUCCUUCCCGUGGGCAGAGGCUAGACGGUCUCGCAAGACCAUUGAAUCCGUCCUGAGCAGGAGAGGGGGAAAUGCUAGCACGAGUCUCCUGCAGUUUGUUGAUGAUUUUCAGCAAGAAUUGUGCUUGUCCAAGGUUGGCAAGGACCGCGACAAGAGCUUUGAGGUGUCGAAUGUUGGCGUUCUAGAUCCGCAAACAAAUCCUGACUUGCCUUCUAUCAAUGGCAUGGUGUUUUCGCAAUGUGCCAGUGUGAUGGGUAAUGCCAUUGAGGUGUCAGCUGUCACUGGAGGAGAUGGGUGUUUGGUGCUGGCUGUCUCUUGGCAGCAAGGGGUUGUGGAAGCUGAUCUCAUCAAUGAGGUUGUUGAGUCGAUUAAGCAGGAGCUGAACUCUUUAGACGUGCUAUGA